AAUUUCUAAAAGCCCGCGAUUAUUUUGAGUUAUGCCUCGGAACUAUACUUGACGAAUACGUUCGUUUGGAUCAGAAUAUUUCUAUCGACGACGGUGCAGAGCAACCACUGUCGAAAAUGUUGGAACAAAUAGUCGGAGAAGUAGUUGAAGAAGUGCCUGGUCUUGAAGCUAUGUGUACCGACUGCACAGAAGUCGCUCUGCAGUCUAUACGCCUAAUUAAUAUUUAUAAGAAAUCCAACAAAGCAAUUAACACUCUCUAUGAAAAUUUAACCAAAUGUUUAGAUGUUGACGCCGACUUAAUUGAUAAGAACAAAAUGUUGCAUCUCAUACUUAAUGGAGAACAAUCGAGAGUCGUUAUCGAAGACAAUGAGGAAAAUGAAUUUAAUAAAAUGCCUAAUAAUUCAGAGAAAUAUUUUGAAUGCACCGACUGUGAUAAAAUCCUCCACACGAUAUAUGACGUUCAACAGCACAAUUUAUCAGAACAUAGUGUUUGGACUUGCAGUAUAUGUAGUAAAAUGUUUAGCAGCAAGGAGGAAUUGAUUAAUCAUGAAGAUAAUGCCCACAAACACCAAUGUCCACAUUGUACUGCUAAUAAAAGUUCCGAAGAUAGCCUGCAAAAACAUCAAGACAAAUACCAUACUGAAAUGUUAUGCACGGACUGCGGUAAGGCAUGCCAAGGGCUGUUCAAGCUGAAGAGUCACCAAGAGAAACACAAAACAAAAAGCACCUGUCCAAAAUGUGGUAAAAGUUACACCACAAAAGAUUUCUAUUUACGACAUGUUGAACUUUGCUUAAAAGAUAUGAUCGAUCCCCAUCCAAUACGGAGUACGAUGCAGAAAUCUUUUGUAUGUGAAAAAUGUGACAAAGCAUACAGUACUCCCGGUGGUUUGAGAGUGCAUCACCGCUUCGUACAUAACAAGGCUAAGCCACACGUCUGCAAAGAGUGUGGAAAAGAGUUCACCGCACCCAGCUACCUCAAAAUUCACAUGGUGACGCAUACAGGGGAAAGAAAUUUUAAGUGUGAUAUUUGCAGCAACAAGUUUGUAUCAAAAGAAGCGCUCUUGUAUCAUAAGAGGCGACACACAGGUGAAAAACCAUACAGUUGUAAGAUAUGUAAUGAAAAAUUUGUUAAUGCUUCAGCGAGAGCCGAGCACAUAAAGUUUAAGCAUGUUGGCCCGACUCUCAUGUGCGAGGUUUGCUCUCGCAAGUUCGUUACGGCAAACUUUUUGAGACAGCACAUGAGUAGACACCAUGAUCGGACAAGUAAAUGGUAUAGCAAGACCAAUGCACCAAAACAAUCAGAUGAACAAAGUACGAGGAAUUUCAUAAUCAACGAAACAUGAAUGAACAAAAAUGUAGUAAAUAUUCAUUUUUGAUACAAAUAAUUGUAAAAAGAAUGAAACUUUGUGUGGAGUGGGAACUAGGCAAGUCGGGAAGAAAUCUGUUAUGAACAUGGUACUGCCUUCAAGUGUGAAGAUUGAGUAGAGAAAAAUAUAGUGAAUUUUAGGAGAGUUUUGUAAAAGCCACUAUUUAAAUAAUA